GAUUGGGUUAUCCAGAAGUGGUGUCGGGAAGAGAACCUGAAUCUCAGGGGGGAAUGUGGAAGAAAGGGGAGCUAGUGUGGGCGAACAUCAACUAUCGAGAUUCAUGGAUUCCGGCUCGGAUCGAAGAUCCAUCUGAAUCGUUCGGAGUUCUGGUAUCGCUCCUCGGCCUCAAGGAACCCCGCUACUUUCCCGCUCCUUUUCUCCGUCGCUUCGAGCACGAUUUCGGAACCCGAAUCUUGAGUUCGAGUGGGCUUCGCCGCCGGAUCGUGAACCGAGCCCUGAGAGCUCACUUUUGGAGUGUCUCGUACGGCCUCUGGUGUCCUUGCCAACCUCCAAUCACUUCUCCGUACUUGGACAGAGAAUCUUCCAUCCUUUGGUCUUCGCUCAGUUCGGAAAUGGCUCUUGGGUUUGUUCGGGAAAUCGCCAUUUCAUUCUCGGUGCCUCUCGAAGGUUUAGCCGACGCGAAUCGUUCGACCGCCCAAAUCCUUAGUUUUCGGCGUUAUACCGUCGAUUUCGAGCAAUCCGAGGCUCUCCACGAGGAAAUUAGAUCAAGUGCUGAGCGAGAGCGAAUGGGUCAUCCUGAAGAAUCAGAAUCAUGUCCUGACCCAUCAAACGAAGAGGAUGAUUGUCUUGGCGUAGAUCCUGUAUGUUCGAAGACGGCAGGCUCAGGGUCAGGCACAGGAAAUCAUAAAUAUUUGAGUGGUGGAAGGUAUCAUCCUUCACACGAGGGACAGCUUGUUGUAGAUGAGAUUUGCUCAUGGAAUCUGAGGAACCCUCGUGCUAACUCUGGAUCUAGCAUCUCAGUGAAACCUUGCAAAUCCCUGCGUCCGUUGGCAAAGCAGGACAUUGCGACAACAACUCAUGUAGACCAGACGGGGAAUCAUGGUAAUGUCAAAUCCGACAAGACGAAGAGGAAAGAGAGCCUAAAAUCAACAUCAGCAGAUAGAUUCAAGAAACAGAAAAAGGCAUCUUUUGAUAAACCCUUGAAGAAUCAACAGACGUCGAAAGCCAUGCGGAUUGCUGAUCCAAGGUGUUUGCGGAUGAAGUUCUUGGGAAACCGGGAAGAUAUCCCAUCAGAAGCCAGUCUGGUAAAGAGAUUCAGCGUGUUUGGGAAAAUAGAUGCCUCAAAAACAUAUGUAGACAAGUGUAGAAGGAUUGGGAAGGUAGCAUUCUUUAGGAGCAUAGAUGCAGUGAUGGCUUACAAGUAUGCCCGAAGUGAAAAGAUUUCAUUCGGUCAGUCUAAGGUUGUUUACAGGUUUGACCUUUUCGAGCAUAGCUCCGAAAGAGACGCAGUCAACGCGGCACAAGACGAAGGCCCACCGCUAAAGCCAUGUCUCAAGACGCCUGGUUCGGUGGAUGAAGAAGCAAGAAGGAAGCUGAAGAUGGAAGAUUAGUUGAUGAAAUGGUAGUUUUUGCGUGCAUAUACGUUAGGUAAGUGGUUAACAAGUAAAAGCAACAUCUUUUUGUUUCAGCAUCUCUCUAAAGUCAUGAGAAAGCAUGUUGUAACUUCACUUGUCUGCAAAUUGCAUCAAACUUCAGAUGACAUAUGAAAUGUUGUCUCGUUUUAUUU